UCGCCAUUUUUACACUGGCAUUGAGAAAAAAAAAAAAGUCACGCUUUCCCAAUCCCACGCGUGAAGCCUUCAAAUCUCAAACCCCAAGGCUCCUUCAUAAAACCUCCCAGGGCUUAGCUCCCAGCACUUGCAAAACCUAGAGCUCUUUGUUUCUUUUUUUUUUUACCAUACAAAGCUCCCGUAAUUUGUCAUCUCUCUUAUAGGAACAGCUUAUACAACAAUAUGCUGGAAGUAAGAGUUCCAAACUUGGAUUGUGAAGGUUGUGCUUCUAAGUUAAAGAAUGCUCUUUUAAAGCUCAAAGGGGUUGAAGAAAUAGAGGUAGAAAUGGAGAUACAAAAAAUCACAGUUCGAGGGUAUGGCCUAGAAGAAAAGAAGGUGCUGAAAGCUAUUAAACGCGCCGGGAAAGCGGCGGAGCCGUGGCCGUUUCCGGGAUAUUCUCACUAUGCAUCGUUUUACAAGUACCCAACCUAUAUAGUUAACCAUUACUAUGACUAUCACAAAAAUGAAGCUUCCAAUGGUGUUCAUACUUUCUUCCAAACUCCGGCUGUUUACUCGGUUGCCGUCGCUUCCGAUGAGGCUGUCGCCUCGCUUUUUAGCGACGAUAAUCCACAUGCUUGUUCUAUCAUGUGAACGUAGUUAAUACUGCAAAAUUUGUUUAUUAGUUUCUUUCAAGUUUUGUAUUUGAAAUGACUCUUUGCGUUGAAAACUCAUUUUUUUUGUAUGAGUUGUUAUGUAUGUAUGGUGCAUGCUUUUUGAGUGUUUGCCAAAUAUGAAUCAUAGCAUGAAAUGUGCUACAAUUUUUCUUUU